AUGGCCUUAAAAUCUCUUAUUUUUGUUAGCAUUUUGUUUGCUGCCAUUGCAUUCCCAAUGGCUGAAGCACAACUUGGAAUCAUAGGCAAUCUUCUAGGGUUGCUUAGAAUCCAAGGCAUUUUGUAUUGCACCCCUAAUGGCAAUAUUGGUGUAAAUGGCACAGCCACUCCAGUUUUCCCUAAUGCUCUUGUGCAAUUGCAAUGUGGAGAUGGAAACGUGGUUUCAAGUGCAACAACAAAUGCCUCUGGAUUAUUUUCUAUGCUUUUAGACCCUCUAAACUUUCUUCUUUCGACAUUGCUGUCCAACUGCAAGCUCGUUGUGGGCACGCCUCUUGCCACGUGCAACGCAAGCCUACCAUCAAUCGGAACCCUAGAAUCGACCCUUAAGUUCAUCGGAAACACCCUUCUCGGGAUUUUGAAUGUCGGUAACAUAAUUCCAACAGGGUUUCAACUCAUCCCAGUGUAA